CCCACACUACCAAAGGGGAAACGACUGCUUUUUUUUUUUUUUUUUUUUUUUUUUCCCAAGGGAGCUCUCCAUUGAGAUUAAGCAGAGAAGAGAAAGAGCCCCUCUCCUUCUCUGUCUCUCCCUCUCUCUCUCUACCCUUCACUUGUACAGAAACAGAUCUCUCUUUUAUCUGGUGUAAAGUUUCGAUCUUUUGUGAGUUCGUCUGCAAUGAGUGUUUUGGAGAAUUGUGGGUACUCCUCAAAAUUUCGGCUUUCGUGAUGGGUGUUUGUCCCUGAAAUCCCCUUCCCUGUUUCUUGCCUUUCCCUUUUUGGGUUCGAAAAUUUGGGAUUUUAAGGCUGUCUGGAUGAUGGAAAUGGGAGCUGCUGAGGUCUCUGAAGCCUCCCCGCUGGCGAGGCUGCAGUCGAUGGGAGUGUCGGACACACGCGGGAAGCACCGCGUGCAAGCCGAGCUGAAGCGGCUCGAGCAGGAAGCUCGAUCCUUGGAGGAAGAGCUAGAUCAACUCGAAAAGAUGGAUGCGGCCUCAGUCUCAUGUAAAGAAAUGCUCAAUAACGUUGAAACGAUACCAGAUCCGCUACUCUCAGCGACUGUCGGCCCUCUUAAUCCGAUGUGGGACCGAUGGUUUGAGGGCCCACAAGAGGCACAAGGUUGCAGCUGCUUGAUAAUGUGAUAGAGGAGGAGGCCCUUGCUAAUUCUGGACAGCCAAUACAUAAGAAGAGGAUUGAACUAACAAGAUUAUGCUACGACGGAGAAACCCUCUGUGAUGGCAAUUGUGUAGUGCGACGAAUUUUGGAGUGGAUUAUUAUUCGAAAUGUUUAAUCAAUCGCUUGCUUGCUAUUUCUUCGAGA